GGGGGAGGGUCCUUUUCUUAUCCAGACCUGCCCUCAUGCCACUUCAAGCUCUUCCUUUGCCCCGCAUAGCCCCUCGACGAUGAUAGGCCCGACCGACACAGAUAAAAGACGUCGCCUCCUCGACGGGACAACGAUGAAAUUCUUCAAAAGCUGAAGUUCUAGCCUGCAAGCGCCUCUAUAGCAGGCAGUGUCCAAUAUGCAGCUCGUUCCGAAAGAGCUAGAUAAGCUCGUUAUAUCUCAGCUAGGCUUUCUAGCGCAAAGAAGACUUGCUAGAGGUGUCAGAUUGAACCAUUCGGAGGCUUGCGCUCUCAUUGCCAGCAAUUUGCAAGAGCUGAUUCGCGAUGGAAACCACACGGUCGCCGACCUAAUGUCCAUUGGGAAGACCAUGCUUGGUCGACGGCAUGUCCUCCCCUCUGUUCUCUCUACCUUGACCGAAUUGCAAGUCGAGGGCACCUUCAAGACUGGCACGUACCUGGUUACUGUCCACCACCCAAUCAGCUCCGAUGAUGGUGACCUCGAGAAGGCUCUUUAUGGAAGCUUCCUUCCUGUGCCAUCGAAAGACGCAUUUCCCCUGCCGGACCAAAGUGAGUAUGACAAUAAGAAAAUGCCAGGUGCGGUCAUUCCGGUCAAAGAAGGCAAGAUUACGUUGAACGAAGGACGGAAGAGAAUCCAGUUAAAGGUCACCAGCAAGGGCGAUAGACCAAUACAGAUUGGAUCUCAUUACCACUUUAUUGAAACGAAUCCGCAGCUGGAAUUUGACAGAAGCAGAGCAUAUGGUUUCCGUCUAGACAUCCCAGCAGGUACCUCUGUCCGAUUCGAGCCUGGAGAUACAAAGACAGUCAAUCUGGUCGAGAUUGCAGGCAAUAAGGUGAUCCAUGGCGGUAACAAUCUCGCCUCGGGUCCUGUUGAUAUAUCUCGCGCAGAAGAAAUCGUACAGAAGCUUCAGCAAGCCGGAUUUGCCCAUGCUCCUGAACCUGCAGGUGACUUGGCCCAUAUAGACGUCGCAUCCAUGACCCGUGCGGACUAUGCCGGCAUGUUCGGUCCCACAACUGGCGAUCUGGUCCGGUUGGGGACGACAGACCUCUGGAUCAAGGUCGAAAAGGACUUGACGGUCUACGGUGAGGAAUGUAAGUUUGGCGGCGGCAAAACUCUUCGAGAAGGGAUGGGGCAAGCAUCUGAUCGGAAAGAUGUUGAUGUGCUGGACACUGUUGUCACCAAUGCCCUUAUUGUCGACUGGUCCGGUAUCUACAAGGCAGAUGUCGGAAUCAAGGACGGCAUCAUCGUGGGCAUCGGCAAAGCUGGCAAUCCGGACGUCAUGGAUGGUGUCCAUCCCAAUAUGAUAGUCGGCAAUGGUACCGAUGUCAUCGCAGGCGAGCACAGCAUCCUCACGGCGGGAGGUAUCGACUCGCACAUUCACCUCAUCUGUCCUCAACAGGUCUAUGAAUCCGUCGCGGCCGGCAUAACCACUUACCUAGGAGGUGGCACCGGACCCAGUACAGGUACCAACGCGACGACCUGCACGCCCGGAAAAUGGCACAUGAAACAGAUGCUUCAGGCGAUCGACUCACUUCCCAUCAAUUACGGCAUCACAGGUAAAGGAAAUGACAGCUCACCGGUUGCCCUCCGCGAGCAGUGCGAAGCUGGCGCCUGCGGCCUCAAAUUACAUGAGGAUUGGGGCACAACUCCCGCCGCGAUCGACACCUGUCUAUCCGUAUGCGAUGAAUACGACGUCCAAUGCCUCAUCCACACCGACACGCUCAACGAGUCUGGCUUCGUGGAAUCCUCAGUCGCCGCUUUCAAGGGUCGAACGAUCCACACAUACCACACCGAGGGUGCUGGCGGUGGGCACGCGCCCGAUAUCAUCUCCGUGGUGGAGCACGCCAAUGUGCUCCCUUCGUCGACGAAUCCCACCCGGCCGUUCACGAGGAAUACCUUGGACGAGCACCUCGACAUGCUGAUGGUCUGCCACCACCUGUCCAAGAACAUUCCCGAAGACGUCGCCUUCGCCGAAUCGCGCAUUCGCGCCGAGACCAUCGCUGCGGAGGACGUGCUCCACGACCUCGGCGCCAUCUCCAUGAUGUCCUCUGAUUCGCAGGCAAUGGGCCGCUGCGGUGAGGUCAUCCUCCGCACGUGGAACACGGCGCACAAGAAUAAGCAGCAGCGUGGAACUUUGAAAGAAGACGAAGGUACGGACGCGGACAACUUCCGAGUGAAGAGGUACGUGAGUAAGUAUACCAUCAACCCGGCGAUUGCGCAGGGAAUGAGUCACUUGUUGGGCAGUGUCGAGGUGGGCAAAGUGGCGGAUUUGGUGCUUUGGAAGCCGAGCAUGUUUGGGACGAAGCCGAGCUUGGUGGUCAAGGGAGGAAUGAUCAGCCAUGCGCAAAUGGGCGACCCCAACGCCUCCAUCCCCACCGUGCAGCCCGUGCUCAUGCGGCCCAUGUUCGCCGCGCACGUCCCCUCGCGGAGCAUCACGUUCGUGUCGCAGCACUCGCUGGCCUCGGGCGUCGUGGCGUCGUACAACCUGGCCAAGCGCGUCGAGGCGGUCAAGAACUGCCGCACCGUCGGCAAGAAGGACAUGAAGUUCAACGACGUCAUGCCCAAGAUGAAGGUCGACCCGGAGUCCUACAGGGUCGAGGCCGACGGCAUGCACUGCACCGCCGCCCCCGCGGAGGUGGUGCCCUUGGCCCAGACGUACUACGUUUACUGAUAUAGGUACUUGCCAUUGGAUUCUGCAGUUGGAGGCCCCCAAGGAGCGGGAUCGGAGAGCAGGGCCCCGUGAAUGAAGGCCAGGGGUUUGUCCUUGAGACGCGCAAAGGCGGUUCAGGGACAUUUAUUUUGGUUCCGUCCCAGUCGAUAUAUCGUGAAGGAACAAGCUCGUGCCCUGCCUAUUCGUAUGAGACCAAAUGAGGCAUGGUGCUCGAUUCAGUGCCGUAGCCAUGUAGAAGCUCAAUGCAUGAGACCUCAGCGUCACUCGUCAGGUCCUACAGAGGCUCCCCUCGUGAUUUCUCGAGGUGCGAUUGAAAAGUAAGAGUGCCGUGGGUUCCCAUACAUGGAUCCACGCCAGGAAGAAAUGGAAAAAAGGUUCAACAGGGACGCCCAUGUAUAAGGGCAGCGCAGAGCAAAGUCCAGGAUAGUCUGUCUUGGUCAUAUAAAUAAAAAGGAUUGAUUUUCG